UUUUGUUGUAAACAGAAUUUUUAAAGAAGAAUAACGCACUUUAACGUAAAAAAUAUGAUCAAAGCAGACGAUUGCGCGCGACUGUCAACAGACGACACUUUUGGCAACUCAACAAUGAAUUUUGAUACCAUCAGAAACAUGGAUAUAAAAAAGUUUUUACCCUGUAAAAAACUAAGAAGAUCAAACAGGCUUGAAGGAAAAGAUAAAAUGUCACCAGAAAUCAAAAAAGACACCAGGUUAUCUUCAGUGACUUCACCUGAUGCUAAAGUUUGCACGAAGUCUGCAGCACUUGGAUACUUUGAUUUACUUCCUUUGGAACUUAAAUUUUAUAUAUUGAGAUAUAUGACAGUUGAGGAUAUUAGCCUCUUAGCAUUAGGCUCAAAAGCCAUGAGGAAUUUGGUAGAAGGUUUCAGAGUUUUGUCACCUAGUUUGACCAACAAAGUAAUACAACAACUGCAUGCAUCAAUUCACCCACUACCAACAGAAAAACUAGGUGAUUUUCUAAGGACUUUUAACAGACAAGGACUUCUGGUUAAAAGAACUACUUGUUUAUAUGCCACAAGAGAGAGACUGAAAAUAGUCAAUGAAUAUUUAACAAGGAUGAUGUGUGGAAAUGCUUGUAAAUGUGAAAAGAUGUCCCGUUGUAUAUCAUUGACAUGUUUUGGUAAAUUCCUUCACACUGUAAUAGCCGGAUGGGAUGAUUCAGAAUGUGUUAGAACAUUUGACAUACUUAACAGUCAUACCGCUGUCAACAAAAAUGUUAAAAUGAUUGUCAACUCGAAACCAGGUUUACAUAGCAGAUGUGAGUAUGAAAUCAGAUGUUACUUUAGGAGAAUAUUUUUAGACCACUGUCAAUCUAUAAAUGAAAGAGCUUUCUGGUUGACAAGAAUCUUGAAGCCCUGGCCAAUGGUUCACCAGUCUAGAUUAUUAUACAUUCUGUAUGGCCCAACAUUAGAAGAGGAAAUAUUAUGGUAUGAGUUGUGUGAGAAUACACCAAUUGAUUCAGAACAGUCAGCCAAACAUUUCGGAGAGUUAGCUAAUGCCUUACAGAUCUUACAUUGUCACCCUAAAGAAUGGUCAGAAGACAAUAUAAUAAGUGUUCUAGAUGAACUCACAAGUUCACCAGAUGAGUGGCUUGCAGAGAAUGUUGCACACCUGUUGAUAUUAUGUGGUGAUGUGAUAACAUCAAAAAUGUUGAUCAGUAAAGCAAUUAAUGGUAGAAUAAUGGAACUGUCCAGCAUAACAACAUCCUUCUGUGUGGUGUGUGUAAAGAACAGUUUUAGUCUUUCAUAUGUCAUGACUAUGAUUCAGAAUAUCUUGGAUGCCAUGGACAGUGGGAAGAAGAGGCUUCAGUUCUUCAACAGUGUGAUGGAUAUGUUUAGAGAACUCAUCCUAGACAUGCAUGAAUUUUCAGAUCCAGAAGAUACACAUGGCAAUGAUAUGUACUACAUGGUGACUGCCUUGGCAGAAUUUACAAAGAAAAUAAUCCAGCUAGCUUACAAGAACUCUAUCACAUUGUAAAGGAAGUCCAGAUACAAAUAUAGUGAAUGGAAUACGGUUUCUUUAACCAGCCAAGAUACAAAGAGAAUUCUCUACCAGAUUUGGAAGAGAUUUGACAAGGGAAAACUUUCUUGCACUGGGAAACAAGAAGAGUUGAUUCAUUUUUAUUUGAAAAUGAAAAUAUAUCGAGUACAAAACAUACAACUAAAAGUUCGCUAUGUGAAUUGUAUCUUCUCUGAUGAGUUUAUAUAAUUAGAGGAAUAGGAAUAAGAAUCCAUAUCUACAAAGAGUUGUUUAACAAAGAAGAGGUCUGAUAGUACAAAUCAAGGUUUAUGUUGCUGCCAUGUCACUGGAAAGUCAAUAAAAUAGAUCACAAUGAACUAAUCUAAUAUCUUUUCAUACCUGUCAACUUUUGAAAAUGUCCAUGGGGGAUUUUAAGCACAAGAGGACCUGAUGCUCCUCUUAUAUUGUCAUAAGUGUUCUUAAUCUACUACUAUACUGUUUGUAUGAGUAUUUGUGUGCUUAAAUACCCUUUUAACUCAUUUGAAUGACUGUUUUGAGGUCUUCAGUUUAUGUAAUAAAGAAUUUCAAAAAGUCAACACCUCUAAUGGGGGAUAUCCCCCAUAGAUCGGGAUAGUUGGCAGGUCUGUCUUUUUCACUAAUUGACCCAAUAAGUUUUUAUUGUAGAGAGUAUUAUCUUU